AUGGUGAAAGUCUACACAAUCGGCAUUGGAGGCCCAUCUUGCUCUGGGAAAACACCUGAAUCUCAAGUACCCAUCGAUGAAGCAACACAGCUUGCUAAUUGGGACUGCCCUGAAUCCGUCGAUUUCACUGAGUUCGCAGAAAAGAUACAUUACGCACGUACACAUGAAGGAACCUUACCUGAAGGUUUCAAGUCCAAUGAAGAAAGCAAUGUUCAUGACGGUUCCAGUUUAUUAAGCCCUCAGGUAGCGGACCAACUCGCUCACAUCCUGGCACCUUUUGCGCAAGAUCCCAGUGCAAUUUUUGUCAUUGUCGAUGGAUUUAUGCUUUAUUGGGAUGAUAGAGUAUCGCAACAGUUGGAUUGCAAAGUAAAUAUCACGGGCACUUUUGAAACACUCAAGUCAAGACGCGAGAAACGUCAGGGAUACCAUACGUUGGAGGGUUAUUGGGUUGAUCCACCGGGGUACUUUGAAAAGAUUGUAUGGCCUGAAUAUCUUCGCUUAAAUGAACAAGCUGCUACUGUGGAGGAUGUAUUAUCUCUGAGCACAGAUGAAAAUAGCAUAGACGAAACUGCCUUAAAAGUAGCUGAUAAACUUAUUACCAUGUUGUAG